CCCACCGCUGCCUUCCUCCGCUGGGCGCCAGCUGCCGCAGAGGCCUGAGCGAGCGCCGACUUCGGACGGGUGCAGCUGCAGUCUGAGCGCCGGCGGGGGUCUGGUGGGCCCGCUCUCUUGUUUUGGUUGCUGCCACCGCGCCCUUGGACAUGGUGGCCCCUGGCUCUGUGACCAGCCGACUGGGCUCGGUGUUCCCCUUCUUGCUUGUCCUAGUGGACUUGCAGUAUGAGGGUGCUGAAUGUGGAGUAAAUGCAGAUGUUGAGAAACAUCUUGAAUUGGGCAAGAAAUUACUCGCGGCUGGACAGCUAGCUGAUGCUUUAUCACAGUUUCAUGCUGCAGUAGAUGGUGACCCAGAAAACUAUGUUGCUUACUACCGGAGAGCGACUGUCUUUUUAGCUAUGGGCAAAUCAAAGGCAGCACUUCCUGACUUAACCAAAGUGAUUGAACUGAAGAUGGAUUUCACUGCGGCAAGAUUACAGAGAGGUCAUUUACUGUUGAAACAGGGGAAACUGGACGAAGCAGAAGAUGAUUUUAAAAAAGUGCUCAAAUCUAAUCCAAGUGAAAGUGAAGAAAAGGAAGCCCAGUCCCAACUUAUGAAGUCUGACGAAAUGCAGCGUCUGCGUGCACAAGCCCUGGACGCUUUUGAAGACUCGGAUUAUGUUGCUGCCAUCACCUUCCUUGAUAAGAUUUUAGAGGUCUGUGUUUGGGAUGCUGAGCUGCGGGAACUUCGAGCUGAAUGUUAUAUAAAAGAAGGGGAGCCUAGGAAGGCGAUAAGUGACUUAAAAGCUGCCUCCAAAUUGAAGAACGACAAUACCGAGGCUUUCUAUAAAAUCAGCACACUGUACUAUCAGCUGGGAGAUCACGAACUGUCCCUCAGUGAAGUUCGUGAGUGUCUUAAACUUGACCAGGAUCAUAAAAGGUGUUUUGCACACUACAAACAAGUGAAAAAACUCAAUAAGCUGAUCGAGUCCGCUGAAGAGCUCAUCAGAGAGGGCAGAUACACAGAUGCGACCAGCAAAUAUGAAUCCGUGAUGCAGUUAGAGCCUGGUGUUUCAGAAUAUACAGUUCGUUCAAAGGAAAGGAUUUGCCACUGCUUUUCUAAGGACGCGAAGCCAGUCGAGGCCAUUCGAGCGUGUUCCGAGGUGCUGCAGGUGGAGCCCGACAACGUGAACGCUCUGAAGGACCGGGCGGAGGCCUACGUCAUAGAAGAAAUGUAUGACGAAGCCAUCCAGGACUAUGAAACUGCCCAGGAGCACAAUGAAAACGACCAGCAGAUUCGGGAGGGGCUGGAGAAGGCGCAGAGGCUGCUGAAACAGUCCCAGAAGAGAGACUAUUAUAAAAUCCUGGGAGUAAAAAGAAAUGCCAAAAAACAAGAAAUCAUUAAAGCAUACAGAAAACUAGCAAUGCAGUGGCACCCAGAUAAUUUCCAGAAUGAAGAAGAAAAGAAAAAAGCUGAGAAGAAAUUCAUUGACAUUGCGGCUGCCAAAGAGGUCCUCUCUGAUCCAGAGAUGAGGAAGAAGUUUGACGAAGGGGAAGACCCGCUGGACGCAGAGAGCCAACAAGGGGGCGGCAACCCCUUCCACAGGAGCUGGAACUCGUGGCAGGGCUUCAACCCCUUCAGCUCCGGCGGACCUUUUCGCUUCAAAUUCCACUUCAAUUAAGCCAGCUCUUUUUUUUUGCUUUUAAAGAUUAAAAGAAGAAACAUUGUUCUAGGAUCCUAAUGAAAAAAAUUCAAAUCUUCAGUUUGUCCAUGACCAAAGAAUUGUUUUAAUAAGAAAAAUCAGUUCUUACCCACUUUAGGCUUGAGUGUGCCCGGCAGGGAGGCCAGGUGUGACCCGCAGGGCCACCUGCACCGGGGCCAGGGCUCUCGCAGCCUGGGGGUACCCGGGGGAGCACGCAGGAGCUGCUUUCUCACAGCCGUGUGUAGCACGUCGGUGCUGGCGCGGAGGAGGAGCCGUAUCUUCAUGAGAAUGGUCCUAUUUCAGUAUUCUUCAAGAGAAUGUUAACAUUUUGAGGUAUAUGUCCUUAGGGACAAUUUUGCUUAGAUUUUAGUCCAGUCACUUGCAAAUGUGUGUUAAAUUAUGGAGCCUGCCUUAACCCCGGUGCACCGGCAUCUCCCCCACCUUCGGCAUGAAGGCCGAAGGAGCCCAGGGCGCACGUGGCGGUCGAGGUAGCGAGGGUCAGACCAUGGAUGGGUGUCGGGCCGACUUUCAAGAAAAUCCUAACCACCACUGAAACAAUUAAUUGUAAGACCUAUCUGUUUAAUAUGAAACAACAAAUUAACCUAACAGCUAUGUACAAAACAGGUUCAGAUAAUAUAGCAGUGGUUUUAUUUCAAACAGUUUUGCAGAAGUGCAGAGGGACCUAGUUCAAUAACUGAAACUGAGUUCAGCAGAACUUCCUAGAACAGGGUCGUCUCAGAGAGGUGCACCCAGCAGACGCCCCUUUUUCUCACUGUUCUACACGCAGUGGGGGCAGCUCCCCUCCCCUCCGGGCGGAGCCUCGUGGAGACACCACGGGGGCCGGUUGCAGGCGGGCAUGCGCAGCAGACGGGACCUCGCUGCCCCCGCACGCUGCCGCCUGACCCAGCCCAGGUUUACAACCCUCCCCACUGUCCAGAUGGCGUCUCUCCUUGGGGUACCUUCUUUGUACCUUUUAAGAAAUUACUCAAUAUUUGUAUAUUCAAUAAUUUUUUCCCUAAAAGAUGAGUAUUUUAAUCAAGAACAUUAAAUAUUUAUGGGACUACUGAUACUGCAUUUAAAUUCUAAGAGAAUUACUUUAGAUAAGAAUUAGUACCUUUAUUCUAGAAAGGUUUUCCUGUUCCUCUCAGCAUGUUGAAGCAUUUCGAGCAGUAUGAGUCCAGUACAUUGUUUUCAUGAAAUCAAGCAUUUACUGUUACUGUGGGAGGCAUCCUGACCAGUAAUGUCCACAAUGGCCAAGCACAAAUUACCUUCUUCUACAGUCAUCCUGAAACACGCGGAAAAAUCUUUUCUUCACACUGAGACCGAAACCACACAGUUGGGUAAAACACAUAAGUGCUUUUGCAUCUAUUUAUAAGUUUUUAUCUUACCAAUAAACUUAAGAAUGCAUUUUGAAAACUA